AUGCGCCGUGACUUCCACAACGGGGGGCCGGGAGCCGCUGGUCCGGCGGGACGUCCCGUGGGGUUUGGCGGCCGCGGCUCCGGGUCAGAAAUAAAACCCGUGGCGCGGCUGCAGGGGAGCGUCGCCGGGACGGUGCCCGGGUUACGGAUCGCUGCCAAAGUGGCGGAUUUGGACGAAGCUGAGCUGUUCCCUCUGGAUCACUGGAGGCUGACCGAGGACCUGAUAGGAGGUUGGACCACUGGAUCACUGGAUCACUGGAGGCUGACCGAGGACCUGACAGGAGUUUGUGAAAUGAUGAGCGGCGGAGAGAGGAACAGUCAGAGUCUGUCUCCCAGGAUUGACGUGUCAAAUACCAGAGGGCAGAGGGUUACGAUGCCUGCAGACCUGAGGCGACAGGUGGACAGCACACGUCUUGUGUCCCCUUCAAAGUCAUUGAUCCUGUUGUGUGGAGAGAUGGACCACGUGGGCAAGGAGAAGGAACUGGAGGAGGUUGUAGUGGUGAACAUGUCUGGACGUUAUCUGAUAAACCUGGGCUACCUGACCAACUGCCGGGCUCUGACGAUUUGCAUUCUGCCCAGGAAUUACAUCACUAAAAUCGAUGCUCUCUCAAACUGUCCAAAUUUAAUCAAGCUGGAUCUCCAUAGCAACCAUAUUACCGAGCUCCCAGAUGAGUACUUUUGGUCAGACAUGAAGUAUCUGCAAGUUCUCUACCUCCACGACAACAUCAUUGGUGACGUGGACAACACUGAAGCCCUCUCUGCCUGCCCGCAGCUCACUGUUCUCACCCUGUUUGACACCCCCGUGAGCCUCAUGCCAAAGUAUCGACAUUUCAUUGUCAACAACAUCUGGUCUCUCAAAGCGCUGGAUAACUUUGUCAUUGCAGAUGAGGAAGUCAUGGAGGAUUGGCCGAGAAAUGACAAAUUCAAAGCUUUAAAUCCCGAGUUUCUUCUUGAUGUUCCUGAAGCUUCCCAGAUCUCGACCUGGUGCAGUGAGUUGGAGAAUAUCAGAAACCUGAUGGCCACCAUAAACAACAUCCUUGCCCAUCACUCUCCAGUGCACAUCAUUCAGCGAUGGAUCCGUGGGCACCUCACCAGGAAGAGGCUGCGUGCCACUUCAGACCCAGGUCAACAAUGUGUGUCAUGUGCGGAGGUGAACAUGUGUGGACGGGGUAUCCACAGGCUGGAGGAUGGCAGUCUAUGGGUGGAAAAAAGCAGCAGCAGGCAAGAUGGUCGGUGCUGUGCCGUACAGUUACAGAUAAACGAGCUACAAGUUAAGACGUUAGAGGCCCGGUAUGAAGCCAAAGAAAUAACCUCUGGUGUUUACCCAUGCAUCUCGGAGAGGAAGAGGUGGAACUUAAAACUUCAGAAGAGCAGCCCUGUCAGGGACACAACACUCCAUCGGCCAAAUGUGACCCCACAAGUAGAGGGAGGUUGGAAUCUGAAACGCACUGCCUGAGGGGCUGGUGAAGGCAGAGACUCUCACAACAUUUAAUAAACAUCUGGACAAGCACUUGAAUCAGCAAGGCAGAGAAGGC